AUGGGUAUGACCGCUUGGUUCGAGGUCGAGUGGACCGACGCGCCGCUCGACAAAGCUAGAGCUGAUGCCAAACGCGCUGGAAAGCCAGUUCCUCCUCCUCACCGAGGUAGGAUCAACUUCAACCUCUACGACGAUGUAGUGCCCAAGACCGCCGAGAACUUCCGUGCCCUCUGCACCGGCGAGAAGGGCUUUGGUUACAAGGGCAGCUCCUUCCAUCGAAUCAUCCCUCAAUUCAUGUUGCAAGGUGGUGAUUUCACUCGUGGCAAUGGCACUGGCGGCAAGUCCAUCUACGGUGAGAAGUUCGCGGACGAGAACUUCAAGAGAGCUCACACGAAGCCGGGCAUCUUGUCUAUGGCCAAUGCUGGUCCCAACACUAACGGCUCUCAAUUCUUCAUCACCACCGUUGUCACUUCGUGGCUGGAUGGCAAGCACGUUGUCUUCGGUGAGGUUGCCGACGCAGCGAGCUUGGAGAUCGUCAAGAAGCUCGAGGGGACUGGUUCUGGGUCUGGUCAAGUUAAACAUGAGGUCAAGCCCACCAUUGUCGACUGCGGUGCCUCCUAG